CGACUCGCUGACGGAGUCCAUUUGGAUGUCCGGUUUAUUUCGCCACUCCCCCCCCCUUUUCCCAAACUGAAUGGAACAUCCUGAAAGUGGUUCGGCUCUCAGAGCAGGAGAGCAGCAACUGACAACAUCGCAGGGGGGCAACUUCGCUUCUCUUCACUUUACCGACGGCAGGGAGACCGACACCGGAGGCGACUCAAAAACUCGGCUUCUGGUUUUCGGGAAUGCUUCCUGUGUCUGCCAGUAAAGAGCAGAGAGUGACAGUCCCAUCUGUCAAUUCACAUCUGAAGACAUGUUGUUCUGGACUCUGCCUGACUGGAAAGUAGUGCUGCUGAUUGUGCUGCUGUGGGACACCCUCUGUGCUUUGGGACUAAAACCCACGAGACGGCCACUGUAUUCCCAAAAGCCUCUGCUCCUGGCUUGGAAUGCCCCAACUGAGGACUGUGCCCCGCGGCAUGGUAUUCGCUUUCAGCUGGACCUUUUCCAGAUUGUGGCCUCACCCAAUGAGGGCUUUGUUAGACAGAACCUCACCAUCUUCUAUAAGGACCGCUUGGGCUCGUACCCGUUUUUUGAGCCAGAUGGGACGCCGGUGAAUGGGGGGCUGCCACAGGUGGCCAGUCUUACACAGCACCUAGAGAAGAUGCCAGGAGGUGUGCAGAAGUAUAUUCGGGAACCAGGGGCCACGGGUCUGGCAAUUAUUGACUGGGAGGAGUGGCGUCCACUCUGGAUACGUAACUGGGAAACCAAAGAUGUUUACCGCAGACAUUCUCGUGAGUUGGUGCGUCAGAAGAACCCAACAUGGCCUCCAGAGCAGGUGGCAAAAGUGGCCCAGCAGGAGUUUGAGAUCUCUGCCAGGAAGUUCAUGCUGGAGACGCUGAAGCUUGCCAAGAACCUGAGGCCCAACCAGCUGUGGGGUUUCUACCUGUUCCCAGACUGCUACAAUCAUGACUACAGGCGCACUCUGGAGAACUACACAGGCCGCUGUCCUGACGUAGAGGUAGCCCGCAACGAGCAGCUGAAGUGGUUGUGGACUGAGAGCACGGCCCUCUUCCCCUCCAUCUACAUGGGCACCGUGCUGCGUUCCUCAGCCUCCGGACGGCAGUUUGUGCGGAACCGAGUGAAGGAGGGGAUGCGUUUGGCAUCAUCAGGCGAUGGGUUGGCACGUCCUGUCUUUGUGUACACCAGGCCCACCUAUGCCAACUCCCUGGAACAGCUGACAGAGACUGACCUCAUCUCCACCAUCGGGGAGAGUGUGGCUUUAGGCGCAGCUGGAAUCAUCAUGUGGGGAGAUGCAGCGUACGCAAGCAGCAAAAACAGCUGCUCAAACUUGGAUGUGUAUUUGCGAGGUCCACUAGGUCAAUACCUCCUCAACGUCUCCACGGCAGCAGAGCUAUGCAGCCAGACCUUGUGUGCUUCUCGAGGCCGCUGUCUGCGCAAAAAUCCGGACAGCGACGUUUACUUGCAUCUGAACCCCCUCCACCACCACAUCAUCGAGCAGAGUGGCAAGCCGGCCGUCACCGGUGAGCUUGGCGAAGCAGAGAAGAGAAGUUUUCAGACAGAGUUUCAGUGCCAGUGCUACAGUGGCUAUCAGGGAGAGGUCUGCGAGCAGUCAGACCCUCUGCACCAAAGAGGGACAGCAUCUCAAACACUGGCAUCUGCACUGCAAUGUGUGAUCUUACUGAUUAUCUCUCUACUCCUCUGUUAAUACACCGUAAAUACUGUAGACAUAGCAGCAUUUUAUGUCUAAAUAUAGAGCACACCAGCUGACAAGUUUAGAAUUUUAAAGCAACAUUAUGUAAGAUUUUUUUGUGUGUGUGCGAUUUGGUGCCCCUACCGUUUUAGACUGUAAUUCACCUUCGCAAAGAAGGACAGCUGUACACGUGCCUUUGUUAUAAUUACAUUACUUACGAUCAGAAACUAGCAACAACUUUGAUAAUACAGCCAAACAUCAAGCAAGUGCCACAACACAAGACAUCACAAUAUUACUUAAUAGUCCAACAGAAAGAUCGCCCGCUCUGCAUCUAUCUUGCAGUGUUUUAUUUCGCAAAGCUCUCGCCAAUGCUGGGAGCUUCUUGCAUGGUCACACUUUUCUUUCUUCCGCUGUCAAAGUCAGCUGUCAAAUUAUUACGUACUAGUCCAACAGCUACAAGGCCAGCUCGUCAUCUGUCUUGUAUCCUUUCAGCACCUGGUUUCUCUUCUUCACGUCUUCUUGGGUCUCCUCGCAGCCUCUGCCAUGAUAUCCAUACUGAGAAAACCGAGCUAGCUUCUUCCUAUUGCUCACUUGCUGAAGAGUUUCGUUGGUGUGAUGUGGUGCCUUACAACAUUACGCUGUUGUUGCGAUAGGUUUCCUUCCUGGGACUACACUGUUAUGUAGUAGAGAUGCCAUUCUCCCUAUUAAAUGUCAGUGUACCAUCAAAAUUAUUUUAAAGCUGUUUAUUUUAAGAUAAAAUUACUACAUAAUGUUGCUUUAA